AUGGCCGACUUUGAGGACGUCCCUGACUCAACGGACUGGCUCUCAACACCCCUCCCAGCCCUUUCAACAGUUGAAGCCUCCUUGCGAUGCCAGGUGUGCAAGGACUUUUUCAAAACACCUAUGCUUACAUCCUGCUGCCACACAUUCUGCUCGCUAUGCAUUCGUCGCGCUCUUGCCAACGACGGGAAAUGCCCUCUUUGCCGGGCCUCAGACCAGGAGUUGAAAUUGAGGAGUAAUUGGUCCAUGGAGGAGGUUGUUGAGUCCUUUGUCAAGGCCAGGAAAGACACACUUCAUUUCGCAAGGACAUCAAGCAAACAAACGAAGACCCGAGGUUCCCCCAAGAGGAAGCUGGCUGCUGGGGACUUCACCACGGGCGGAGAUCAGCCAGAGACCAAGCGACUUAGGAGCUCGGCAAGGCUUAGCAGGACUAGGUCGGGACAGCCAACAGCAGUUGCAGCGAUACACGAAGAAGCCGAAUUCGAGCAGCCACAGGAGGAGGAAGAGGAGGACGACGAGGUAGAGGAUGCAACAUUUGCUCCCGACGAUGGCCUCGUACCAUGCCCCAUAUGCAGCACUCGCAUGAAGGAAGCUCAGGUCUUUCGACACCUCGACACCUGCACCGGCGCGAAAGCCCCGACAAUAGCUCGCGCGAGCACCAGCCGCACCUCAACCCCAAACACACCCGCUCGAGGCGGCCCCAGAUCGACACCGGCACCCGAUCGCCUUCCGGCUCUGGCCUACUCUAUGCUCAAGGACACCGCCCUGCGCAAGAAGAUGACGGACCUGGGCUUGUCGACAACGGGGUCACGCCUGCAGCUCGAGAAGCGUCACAAGGAGUGGGUCACGUUGUGGAAUGCGAACUGCGACUCUGCGCGCCCGAAGCGCCGCGCCGAGCUGCUGCACGAUCUUGACGUCUGGGAGCGCACGCAAGGAUCCAAGGCACCCAUGUUUGUGCGCCCUGGGGUGGCGGUCAAGGACAAGGAGUUUGACGGUACGGCGUGGGCGGCGAAACACGAUACCUCGUUCAAGGACCUGAUUGCAAAUGCGCGCAAGUCGAAGGCGCAGGCGCUGCCAAAGACAGAGGAAGCGGCCGCUCCCGCCUCUGGAGACGGAUCACCUGCGGCGGCACUGGAUGUUGCGAGUAGUCCUUCGGGGAUGGAGGCAAGGGAGUUCACAACGAUUGAUCUGACCACACGACCACCGGAGGUUGAUCGGAACGGCCUGGAAGACGAGAUGGACAGAAACCAGGGGCUCGGAGUGGAGCACGGGAGCGCAGCUGCAAAGCCUCAGCAGCCCAAGGCGGCUCAUUGCCUGCAUAGCAGCUUCUCAGAGCCGCAGAUACCAAGCAGUCAAGAGGCGCGGUGA